AUCAGCUUUUCCUUCGGAGACUCGGGAUAAUUUCACUAUUUCUGAAACUGUACCUAUCAUCAAGAACACUCACAUCUAAGACUUACCUAUUUUUGACACUUGGAAUAUAAGACAGCAUGUCGAAACAUAGCGAUGCUUGCUGCAGAAUUCCCCCAGUCAUUGUCGAGGGCUAUGAGCCGAAAGGCACGUAUGUCGAACUUAAUGGCAUUAAGACAUAUGUAACUGGGCCUGAGAACUCGGAUAAAGCACUCCUGUCAGUCUAUGACAUCUUCGGUUUUUUCCCGCAGACUAUUCAGGGGGCAGACAUUUUGGCAGAUGGUGAUGUGGAGAAGAAGUAUCAAGUGUACAUGCCCGAUUUCUUCGAGGGCAACCCGGCCAAGAUAGAGUGGUAUCCACCAACAGACGACGAAAAGAAAGCCAAGUUAGGUAAAUGGUUCGAAGGUGCUGUGUGGCCAAAGCAUCUUCCUAAGGUUCCAGGCAUCCUCGAGGCUGCUAAGAAACACAAUCCUAAUAUUAGCUCUUGGGGCAUCAUCGGCUACUGCUGGGGUGGUAAGAUGGCGAGCAUACUUGCUGGUGACGAGGAGCCCCUUUUCAAAGCUGCUGUUCAGACGUCACCAGCCAUGAUCGAUCCAGUAGAUGCUGCAAAUGUCAAAAUCCCAAUGAUGAUACUUGCAUCCGAGGAGGAGUCUGCCGAAGAUGUGAAGAAGUACGAAGAGGCCUUGAAGGGCCCAGGGCAUAUGGAAAUAUUUGGGGAUCAACUGCACGGUUUUAUGAGCGCUCGCGCUAAUCUGGGAGAGGAAAAUGCGAAAUCCGAGUAUGAAAGAGGCUAUAAACUUGCCUUAGAGUUUUUCCGUGAACAUUUGUAGCAUUAGAAUCAUGCAAACAAAUAAGUACCUACACUUAGUUGCGGAAGAACUCGCGGAAGAACUUAUCACAAAACACCAAAUCAUUCCAAGAUCGGAUUUGCGAAAGGAACGUAUCCAAGUACCCAUUUAUGAAUUCAAU